GCUCCGCCCGUGUAGUGUGCCUUGGAUGUAUAAAACAAACGCUACAGUCAACAGCGUUCAAACUGUGUCAGCCAAUCAGCGCACAGACAGAAGGCAGGCGCUGUAAGUUUGAAUACACAGCGGAAACGGGCAGACAACUUCGCACCGAAGUUAACGAAAUGGCGUCGUAUGGACGCUGAAGCAAUGUCGUAGACAAGCUAAUUGGUAUAGUUCAACGUAUUCGACGCAUGGAGACCAUAAGGGGUGACUUCAAAUUUCGUGGCAACAUUUUUUGCUUUACUGGCAACGUGCCGUAGUUAAGUUCUGUUUUGUGGCUGGCUAACGUUAGCACUAUUGCCCUACAGCUAACGUCUUCUCGUGUUAGCUAAUCGAGCAGUUGAUUUUAGCUAACUAACUCUUUUAGCCCCGUCUCCCUUUUUUAAAAAAAAGGCCAUAGUUUAAUUCGUCUAACGUCUACAUACAUGUAAAAUGUCCUAGCAACAGAAGUAUUGGUAUUACUUUUGGGAAAGAAAGCGAGGCUUUUUAAAAAAUUACUGUACUAUACAGUGUUGUAAGUAGAAGCUAGAUAGGUCUUUUAAAAUGAUGGUCGACGAGAGAAAUUUGAUCCGACUUGUGGCUGUGCAACAUCUUCAGUCAGCUUAUGGAAUCAAGACAAAGAGCUGCAACAAAAACAAAGCAGCCAGGUGCAAGUCAACUGCCAACAACUCGUCAAAGGUUUUUGGCGUACCUUUGGAGAACUUGCCAUAUUAUAACAUGGAGUGUGGCUGCGUGCCAAGCUUCCUCGUAGAUGCAUGCAUGAAGCUCCAAGCACACAUCGACACAGAGGGCCUCUUCAGAAAAUCGGGCUCUGUUGUCCGCCUGAAAGCACUACGGGCUAAAGUGGAUUCGGGCGAGGAGUGCCUGGCGACUGCUCUUCCUUGUGAUGUGGCCGGCCUGGUGAAGCAGUUUUUCAGGGAACUGCCAGAGCCGGUGCUGCCUAUGGAGCUGCAGGAGGCGUUUCUCAAGGCCCAGCAGCUCGCUACCAAAGAGGAGCAGACCUGCGCCACCAUGCUUCUGUCCUCUCUGCUGCCUGACAGGAACCAAAGCGUGUUGCGGCACUUCUUUGACUUCCUUCAAAAUGUGUCCAAGAGGAGUGCAGAAAAUAAGAUGGACAUCUGCAACCUGUCCGUGAUCUUGGCUCCCAACCUCCUCCACUCCGGAGACGGCACAGAAAAGAUGAAUGCCAACACAGAGAAACGCCUCAAACUGCAGACGGCUGUAGUUCACUGUUUUAUAGAGCACGCCGAAAACUUUGGUGUUUUGCCACAGUUCCUGGAAGAGAAAGUAUCAGCCAUGAUUGCCUGUGAGUCGGGGGUUCUGUCCCCUGUGUACAACGAGCUUCGGGAGCUGGACCAAAAUUCAGGGAUGAGGAGAAAAAACAGGCACAGUUUUGGAGUCUUUUCUUCUACCACUCCUGUGAUUGCGACGCCCAUCUCCAAGCGAAAGCUUCCUUUAGAUUCUGGUCAUUCGUUUGGAUUCUCGAACAAAAAACGUAGAUCUGUCAAGAACCUUGGGAUGGACUUACUUCCCAAUUCUUUGUUCAGUGGGACCUCUACUCCUGGAUCAGCUUACAGCGCCUCAGGGGUGUUGGAUGCCUCCCAAAGUACCCUUCCCUCUGCAAGCAAGUCUCGAAAGCAGGCGGCCACCUCAGCAAGGAGAAAGAGUAGACGGCAUAGCAGCAGACAUGUAGUCAGCAGAGUUGAAUCGGGACGCACCGGCUGCUUUUCUCCCAAAGUUGGCAAAAAAGAGGCACCGCGCAAGUCGCUCCGUCUGCGUUUCAGCCUGGGGAGGAACCAUAAAGACGCCGGGUCUGAGUCCAUAGGCUGGCGACUUGCCACCCAGGAGAGCACCGCCAGUUUUUGUUUCACCAAAGAGACCGUGUUCAGUCCAUCGGCUCAGCCCACAAACGUCGACUCCAAGAGUUCAACGUUUAGAAGUAAGUCUGAGGACAACUUGCUGACCCCUCAAUGCGACCCAGAUGUCCACUGCACCUCAUGGAGCGUGGAGGCCCCUGGAGGAGAGCAGCCUUUCAGUGUUGGCGCCUUCACCGAUACACCCACGAGUGUGCGUCUGAAGAGCAACUGCGUGUCUGAACCCACCAUAGUCGUGUCCAAACCGCUGACUGCGUCCAGCCUUCCGAAGAAGCUGUGUUGCGCUUCCAGCGCGGAGAGCCUAGAAUGCGAGUCCUCCAUCUUCAAAGCCUCUUGCCAAACUGGAGUGCCCCUGCCGAAGCUUGAGAACAGCUUCCAAGAAGCCGGUGCCGAACUCGGAGCUCUAACACAGGAGACGGUACAAGCAGAACCACGGGACAGUAUCCUCUGUAAGACUCCCGUGGUAGCGACACCGACUAGCCAGAGAGGUCUGGUUCAUGAGCAGAACCUUACCUUUGACAUAGCGACCUUAUCGCCUUUGCAUAUUGAUAGUGUAGUUUUAGAGUCUGUUGGGAGCUGCAGUCCACCAGUGAGAGAACCUCAGAGUUCGUUUUGUUCUGCCGCCGAAAGCCGCAGCAGCUCUGCGACGCCAGGAAGCAACGACUCUGUGGGGCAGGUACGCUGUAGCAGGCUGAUUGACGCUCUGGACAUCCAGAGUCCGGCCCACUUCAGAAUGCGUGUCUCUCCAGGACUUCAGUCUACUCCCUACAAGCCAGACCUUGGAGAUGAGCUGGGCACAGAUGCCGUUGACGCAAAUGUCACUGCAGCGCAUCACCAGGACUUGUCUUUCGCAGAGGCCGGCGCAAAAAGUCCAAACCGGCUGGCCCACCACAAGUCCCGCGUGGCGGACCACAUUCAACACUUCAACAAACUCACCCUUCAGUCUCCCAAAGGCAGAGUCCAGGAAAUCAAGUCGCCGCUCAAGUUUCAGCGCACCCCUGUGCGUCAGGCGGUCCGCAGGAUCAACUCUCUUCUGGGAGAGAGCCGGAGACCCGCUUGGAAUCUGGAGCUGACCACCAGUCAAGGCAUGAAUGCUAUAAAAGCAGUGAGCCUCGAGAGCGGCCUGUCCCCCCACCCACACCCUCAGCCACCGAACGGAGAGAACAGCACACGUCCCCUAAAGAAGCCACCCCCAGUGCCACCCAAAAAGCCAAGCCUCUUGGCCGGUAAAGUCAAGACCGGUGCUCUGGGCGACGUGACCAACAAGGUCCAACCCAAGACCAAAGUGGACUCUUCUCUCGCCGAUGCAGGAGCUCAGAAGGUCGUUUUGCAGCAGCUGGCGAAGAGAGAGGUGCAACAUUACCGAGGCUCACCGAGAAACCCUCUUAACCAACCUCGCCUGCUGUCUGCCACCAAGCCUGUGGAUUUGUAGACCGCAUUCAUGUGCCUUCAUGUGCAGCUGGGAAAAAACGAUACACACGUGGGAGUUAAUUUAUUUGGAGCUACAUUAAGUGCUGCUUGUCUCGUCUUAUGGCCUUCAUGAAUUGUGCCUCUGCCUGAGUAGUUUAGAGUGCAGGUGAAUGAGUUUAUUGGUGGGAUGACUGGGAGUCUUUUAUUUAUGUAUACCGUGGCUUCUGUUUACCUUUUUUAUUGUUACAUAUUUUCAUAUCGUUUUAUUUUUUGUAAAACGCCAAAACAAAUGCACCUUUUGAAAUGAUGAAAAAAAAAUAGCCCAGUAGUAUUGAUGACAUGUCAUUUGUCUGAUUUCCAAGCCAGCAGCCAGUACAAAAGACCUUUCCGAAAAAUAAACAGUAUUUCUACGUUCUACAGUUUUCUUUCAUCUUGUAAUAUUGUAGCAUCCACAAGGGGGCGAUGUAUAGCAAUGUCUGACUUCAUUCUCAGCUGCGUUCAAGUACCCUUCAUUCUUUCCUCUACCGCACUGUUUACACGUGUUGCCUUCACGGCUCGUACCCUGGUUGUUCACUAUGGUGCAUUAAAAUGUCGAGCUUCCUUGA